UAACUGUACAAAUUCAGAUUUUUAGUUAAUUAAACGAAAACGAUCACAAAAAAAUCGUUAUCACGUCCCUGCUGGUCAUAUCAGUAAAUGUCAUAAUAACAAUAACAACAGGUGCAAGCUUGUUUGAUACAGUUUAAGCAGGCGGUGGCGUCAGUCUGCAGAACCUGCAGGAACCUGUAGCCUGUUGCCCCCCAUUAGUUCAUGAAUAACAUGACCACCCCCCUUUAGUCUAAUAAUAUCAUGAGGCAGUAAGAUGUCGGUGGUGUGUGUUCUCGUCUGCCUGCUGUUGUUCAGAGGAUUACAUAUUUCUGCAGAGAAUUGUGAAGUGUGUGUGGGUUUUCUUGAAAGACUGUACUCCACUCUAACCUCAUCUCACAGUGACCUGACUCCACACCUGGUGGAGGAUCAGCUAAUACACAUGUGCUCACUGAGCCAGGGCAAGGAGGCACGGCUGUGUUAUUAUCUUGGAGCCAGCAGUGAUGCAGCAACACGAGUCACAGCAUCCGUGUCUCGACCUCUUGCCUCUCACGUCCCUGUCGAGAAAAUCUGUCAACGACUGAACAGCCGAGACACACAGAUCUGUCAGCUGACAUAUGAGCGCGGUCUGAAGGACCUGAGCAGCGAUGGACUCAGAAACCUGAGAGUUUCAGAGUUAAAGAAGAUUCUGUCGUCGUGGGGAGAAGAGUGUCGCGGCUGUUUGGAGAAACAUGAGUUUGUGAGUCUGAUCCAGGAGAAAGCUGCUCUGCACACACACAGCGUGGACCUGUAACAAAAACACUUCUUCUAAAUUAAUCUGUAAUCUGAUGUAGGAGCUGUAAAGUGUGAUGAUUUCAUCUGAAGAAUUAAACCAGAUAAUAACGAA